AUGUCGUCGGCCGCUGGCGGAUACGGGGGCGGCGCCGAGCAUCAGCACCAGCACCAGCAUCAGCACCAGCACCAGCUGCUGCUCGGCCAGGCCGCCGCGGGGCAGCUCUACCACGUGCCGCAGCACAGCCGGCGCGAGAAGCUGCGGUUCCCGCCGGACCCGGCGGAAUCCUCCUCGCCCACGCCCGGCUCCUGGCCGCCGCCCUUCUACUCCUACGCGUCCUCCUCCUCCUCCUACUCGCCGCACAGCCCCACGCUGGCGCACGCCCACACCCACGCCCAGCUUUUACCGCAAGGGAUGCCAGGAGGAUCCCAGAUCCCGAGCCACAACUUUGGGCUCUCCCUCUCCUCGUCAUCCUCGAACCCUCCGCCCCAGCCGCGGAGGCACCUCGGCGGCGGCGGCGGCGCCGGGGUCGCCACCGGGCCGUACGGGCCCUUCACGGGCUACGCGGCCGUGCUCAACCGCUCCAGGUUCCUGGGCCCCGCGCAGAAGCUGCUCGAGGAGAUCUGCGACGUCGGCGGCCGCCCCGCACAGCUGGACCGCUGCUCCGACGACGGCUUGCUCGACUUGGACGCCAUGGACGCGGCCGGCGACGUCGCCCACGAGAUGGACAGCAGCGACCGCGCUGCCGCCGAGGCCGUCACGGUCUCCGGCGCCGAGCAGCAGUGGAGGAAGACUAGGCUCAUCUCCCUCAUGGAAGAAGUUUGCAAGCGCUACAAGCAAUACUACCAGCAGCUUCAAGCUGUGAUCACCUCAUUCGAGACGGUCGCCGGGCUGAGCAACGCCGCUCCCUUCGCUUCCAUCGCUCUCCGGACCAUGUCCAAGCACUUCAAGUAUCUGAAGAGCACGAUACAGAGCCAGCUGCGCAACACAAGCAGCAAGGCCGCCGCUGGGAAAGAUGGCCUUGGUAAGGAAGAGAUGGCGAACUUCGGGCUCAUGGGAGGCGGCGCCGCCCUUCUGAGGGGAACCAACGCGAAUGCGUUCAGCCAGCCGCACAACAUCUGGCGACCACAGAGGGGGCUCCCUGAGCGUGCCGUGUCGGUUCUUCGAGCCUGGCUGUUCGAGCACUUCUUGCACCCGUAUCCAACUGAUAGCGACAAGCAGAUGUUGGCUAAACAGACAGGUUUAACAAGGAACCAGGUCUCAAACUGGUUUAUCAAUGCAAGGGUUCGACUCUGGAAGCCAAUGGUGGAAGAAAUUCACAACCUGGAGAUGCGGCAGGGGCACAAGAACUCCUCCACUGACAAGAGUCAGCUCGGUGUGCGGCAGCAAACCCAGCAUUCCCCGGACAGCAGCGGGAGGCCGCCAUCUGAUCCUUCAAACUCGCAGCAAGGGCAAAGCAGCAGCAUGACACGGAAUCACAGCGCGCACGCCUCCCGGCACAUCCAGAACGAGCUGUCCCCGAUGACCCAGGACAUGCCGGGACAGGUGAGCUUCGCAUACAACGGUGGGCUGGCUGCUCACCACCACCACCACCACAACAUUGCAAUGUCACACCCACAGCAGGUUGAAGGGGUCGCUGGCGCUGGAAGUAGCGGCGGUGUCUCCCUCACCCUUGGCCUUCACCAGAACAACAACCGGGCCUACAUCGCCGAGCCCCUUCCGGCUGCGCUCCCGCUCAACCUCGCGCACCGUUUCGGGCUGGAGGAUGUGAGCGACGCCUACGCCAUGGCCUCGUUCGGAGGGCAGGACCGGCACUUCACCAAGGAGAUCGGUGGCCAUUUGCUCCAUGACUUCGUCGGGUGAGACGGACAGAUGAUUCCUGGGCACAUCAGUGUCCAGAAGAAGAAGAUGAUGAUAUGGUCCACAUGUAUUGUACUACUAGAAGUAGGACAAUGAAGAAAAGGGUGCCCUGGUAUAUAUGCCUCUCGUGUAGCUCCUGGAAUGCUGUCAAUACUCGACACAACUGGGGGCUAUGGAGAGCAUGCACAGAUGCACCUUUAAAAGGCCUGUAGUAGAAGUUCCUUAUUUGUUCUGAUCCUAGAUUAAGCUGGCUUAACCCUGUAAUCCCAUUGAAUUGCAUAUGCGCGAGCUCCCCCAUGGCGGCAAAAUAAAGGGUGCUCCAUUUAUUAAUUAUUUUCA